UCCACUGACUACAGGCAUUAUUUUUGUUCUAGACCCUGGAGUCCAGUCCUUAGCCCUGGUCCUGACUACCUCUUUGCUGGAUUCAACUUUACUGGAUUUUUCUCUCUAUCAUUCAUUCACUUCAGGACAUUUAAAUUUGUCAUUUUUCAUUUGGCUGCUGACUGGGCACACCUCAGUCAGAAGAGUAUAGCAAAAACUGACUUAGGCAUCCAUCAUGGCUUUACCUUUCUACCAAAAACACCAUCAACAUUAUGACCGCUCAUAUCGUCACAAAGAGCUGCAAUCCGCUUUAAGCCAGUACCAAAAGGAGGAGAAGCGUAAAUCUGCAGCCUAUGCUCAUGGGUCUGCAGCAUAUCGUCACAGUUCUGCAGCAGACUACAGUCAUGGAUCUGCAGCCUAUGCUCAUGGAUCUGAAGCCUACAGUUAUGGAUCUCUCGCCUAUGAUCAUGAAUCUGCAGCUCAGAGUAAGAGGUCAGCGGCCUACAGCCUUGGAUCUGAAGCCCUCAGCAGGAGGUCAGCUGCCUACAGCCUUGGAUCUGAAGCCCUCAGUAAAACUUCAGCUGCCUACAGCCUUGGAUCUGAAGCCCUCAGUAAGACUUCAGCUGCCUACAGCCGUGGAUCUGAAGCCCUCAGUAAGAGGAUGGCUGCCUACAGCCUUGGAUCUGAAGCCCUUAGUAAGAGAUCAGCUGCCUCCAGCCUUGGAUCUGAAGCCUACAGUCUUGGACUAAAAGAGUCUAAUAUAAUGAUAGAAGAUCAAUCCUAUAAGUUGAGUCCCAGAGCAAAGAGGGCCAAGCAGAGUUUACUCUUAGAAGACAAAGAAAAUAAAGGCAUUGACUACGUAGUGCCUGUGUUCACAGGGCGUGAUGUGUAUGCCAGUGGAAUUACAGAUACAGAAGAGGAAAGGAUCAAGGAAAGUGCUGCAUACAUUGCCAGAAGGAACCUUUUUGCUACAGGAGAAGGAGUUAGUGUGAGCAGCAGAGUGGCUGCUUCAUCUGCAGAAGAGCAGCAUGAGAAGAAAUCAAGGAAAGUAGCAAUACGAGAGUCAGCUGAACGUUUGGCCCUAAGGAAAACGAUAGAAGAGACUCAGGAAUUUCACCGAAAGUUGAAUGAAGAUAAACUUUUACAUGCUCCUGAGUUUGUUAUCAAGCCUCGGUCCCAUACUGUCUGGGAAAAACAGAACGUUAAAUUACAUUGCACUGUGACUGGCUGGCCAGAACCCCGUGUUACAUGGUACAAAAACAAUGUGCCCAUCAACGUACAUACUAACCCGGGCAAGUAUGUCAUUGAAAGUCGAUAUGGGCUACACUCACUGGAGAUUAGCACAUGUGAAUUUGAAGACACUGCUCAGUAUCGUGCUUCUGCUAUGAAUGUUAAAGGAGAACUUUCAGCAUAUGCAUCCAUCGUGGUAAAGAGAUAUAAGGGAGAAAUUGAUGACACCUUUUUUCAUGCUGGAAUUGUCACCAUGCCUCUCAGCUUUGGCAUUACCCCACAUGGCUAUGCUUCAAGGUUUGAAAUCCAUUUUGUUGACAAAUUUGAGGUAACCUUUGGGAGAGAAGGAGAGACGAUGAGUCUGGGUUGCACGGUUAUCAUUCAUCCUGAGAUUAAACGCUUCCAGCCAGAGAUCCAGUGGUACAGGAAUGGAGUUCUUAUUACACCCUCCAAAUGGGUUAAUAUGCAUUGGAGUGGGGAACGAGCUACGCUAACCCUUACACACGCAAACAAGGAAGAUGAAGGUCUUUAUACUCUACGUGUCGUGAUGGGAGACUACUAUGAACAGUACAGCAGUUAUGUCUUUGUUCGAGAUACAGAUGCUGAAAUUGCAGGAGCUCCUGGUUCACCCCUGGAUGUUCAAUGCUUAGAUGCUAACAAAGAUUAUGUCAUCAUCUCCUGGAAACAACCAGCUGUUGAUGGAGGAAGCCACAUCCUUGGAUAUUUCAUUGAUAAAUGUGAGGUUGGUACCACCAACUGGACCCAAUGCAAUGACACUCCAGUGAAGUUUGCUCGUUUCCCCGUCACGGGUUUGAUAGAAGGUCGCUCAUACAUAUUCCGAGUCCGAGCUGUGAAUAAUGCUGGAAUAAGCAUACCAUCCCGAGUUUCUGAUCCGGUGGCAGCUCUGGAUCCUGCUGACAGAGCCAGACUUAGAAGUCAUCCUUCUGCCCCCUGGACUGGACAGAUUAUUGUUACUGAGGAAGAACCAACAGAGGGUGUUGUUCCUGGGCCACCUUCAAACCUCCAAGUUAUUGAAGCUACUAAAAACUAUGUGGUGCUCAGCUGGAAACCUCCUGGAGAGCGAGGCCAUGAGGGUGUCAUGUAUUUUGUGGAAAAGUGUAUUGCAGGCACCGAGAACUGGCAGAGAGUGAACACUGAGAUCCCUGUAAAAUCUCCUCGUUUUGCUGUUUUUGAUUUGGCUGAGGGGAAAUCUUAUCAUUUCCGUGUUCGCUGUUGUAAUUCAGCUGGCAUUGGUGAGCCCUGUGAAGCAACAGAAUCAACUGUGGUGGGUGAUAAACUUGAUAUUCCAAAAGCUCCUGGCCGUAUUAUACCAACCAGGAAUACAGACACCUCAGUCGUUGUCACUUGGACAGAACCCCAAGAUGCAAAGGAGUUGGUUGGGUAUUACAUAGAAGCAAGCAUAGUUGGAUCUGGUCAUUGGGAACCAUGCAACAACAAUCCAGUGAAAGGCACAAGAUUUAUUUGCCAUGGACUCCUGACUGAUGAAAACUAUGUUUUCAGAGUCAGAGCUGUUAAUGCAGCUGGACUCAGUGAAUUUUCACAGGAAUCAGAGGCUAUUCAAGUGAAAGCAGCCAUUGGGGGAGGAUUGCUUCAUGGUGUGUGUCCUGAACUGAGUGGUAAAGCUGGUGGACUAACAGACUACACUACAAGUUGGGAAGGCAUGCAUGAGUCCUCCCAGCCUAUAUUUGACACAGAUGCUUUGCUAAAAUGCAAUGCUAAAUUUAACAGACAUACACUGCCCAGUAGCUCUGAUAAACUGGGGCAUACAGGAGUCAGUAAAGUGAGUGAAACGGUAAAAGAUGGUCCCACACCUUCACCACAGAAGGGAGCUUCUAAGCAGGCAAGUAAUUAUCAACCUGGGGACUCCUUGGCAUUGGAAAAAGUGAAAAAGACGACAGAUAUAGCUGCCCCAUCACCACCUUAUGACAUCACUGUAUUGGAGAGUGUUCGUGAUUCCAUGGUGCUAGGAUGGAAGCAGCCUAAAGUCAUUGGCGGGGCUGAAAUUACAGGCUACUAUGUGGACUAUCGUGAAGUGAUUGAUGGAAUUCCUGGGAAAUGGAAAGAGGCUAACAUUAAACCUAUCAGUGAGAGGGCAUAUAGGAUUACCAAUUUAAAGGAAAACAUGAUAUACCAGUUCCAAGUGGCUGCUACUAAUGUGGCUGGAGUUGGGACUCCUUCCCCACCUAGCCGUUCCUUCAAAUGUGAAGAAUGGAGCAUUGCUGUUCCAGGACCACCCCAUGAUCUCUUCUGCACUGAAGUUAGGAAAGACUCUUUGGUUUUACUUUGGAAAGAGCCAGUUUAUACUGGUCGUAGCCCUGUAUCUGGUUACUAUGUUGAUGUGAAAGAAACUGAAGCAACAGAUGAACAUUGGAAAAGCGCCAAUGAGAAAACAAUUACAAAAAGAUUCUUGAAGAUCACCGGCUUAAAGGAAGGUGUCAGCUAUGUAUUCCGUGUGCGGGCAACAAACCAGGCAGGCGUUGGGAAACCAUCUGAUCUCACUGACCCAGUCAUAGCUCAAACACAGCCAGGAACUAAAGAAGUGGUGGCGGAAGUAGAUGAUAAUGGAGUCAUUUCCCUCAACUUUGAAUGUGAUCAGAUGUCUCCAGACUCUAAGUUCAUCUGGUCCAAGAAUUAUGAACCAAUUGAAGAUGACUCUCGAUUAGACGUUGACACUAAGGGUGGAAAGUCGAAAGCUGUCUUUAAAGAUCUUGGAGAAAAUGAUUUGGGCAUUUAUUCUUGUAUUGUCACGGACACUGAUGGAGUUUCAUCAAGCUACACAAUGGACGAGGAAGAAAUGAAGAGGCUACUUGCACUCAGCCAUGAACACAAAUUCCCAACUAUCCCACUUACGUCUGAGUUGGCAGUUGAAAUUAUGGAGAAAGGACAAGUGAGAUUCUGGUUGCAGGCUGAAAAGUUGUCUGGCAAUGCAAAGGUCAACUUUGUAUUUAACGACAAAGAAAUUUUUAAUGGAGAGAAAUAUAAAAUGAAUGUAGAUCAGAAGACUGGUCUGGUUGAAAUGAUCAUGGAAAAACUUGAUGCCAAGGAUGAAGGGACCUAUACCUUCCAACUUCAGGAUGGAAAAGCAACCAACCAAUCCAGCCUUGUGCUAAUUGGUGAUGUUUUUAAGAAACUACAGGAUGAAGCAGACUUCCAGAGGCGGGAAUGGUACAGGAAACAAGGUCCCCAUUUUGUUGAGUAUCUGGGAUGGGAAGUUACCAGUGACUGCAAUGUGUUAUUGAAAUGUAAGGUGGCUAACAUUAAGAAGGAAACACACAUCGUUUGGUACAAAGAUGACAGGGAAAUAAUGGUGGAUGAGGAACAUGACUUUAAAGAUGGUGUAUGUACUCUUCUGAUAUCAGAGUUCUCCAAGAAAGAUGCUGGGAUUUAUGAAGUCAUACUGAAGGAUGACAGAGGAAAGGACAGAAGCGAGCUUAAGCUGCUGGAUGCAGCCUUUGCAGAUCUGAUGAAUGAAGUAUGUAGAAUAAUUGCUUUAUCUGCAACAGAACUGAAAAUCCAGAGCACAGAAGAGGGUAUCAGAUUAUACUCCUUUGUUAGUCAUUAUGUAGAAGAUCUGAGGGUGAGCUGGUCACACAAUGAUGCCAAGAUUAAAUAUACAGACAGAGUUAAGACUGGUGUCACUGGGGAGCAGAUCUGGUUACAGAUCAAUGAGCCAACUCCACAUGACAAGGGCAAAUAUACAAUGGAGAUUUUUGAUGGUAAAAAGGCACACACGAAGAUGGUGGAUCUUUCUGGACAAGCAUUUGAUGAAGCCUAUGCUGAAUUCCAGAGGUUAAAGCAAGCUGCCAUUGCAGAGAAAAAUCGUGCCCGGGUACUUGGAGGUUUGCCCGAUGUUGUCACCAUCCAGGAGGGCAAGGCGCUUAAUCUUACUUGUAAUGUCUGGGGAGAUCCCGCCCCAGAGAUCACAUGGCUGAAGAACGAGAGAACAUUCACAGCAGAUGACCAUUGCAUCCUGAAAUAUGAAUCUGGAAAAUGUGCCAGUUUCACCAUUACUGCUGUCAGCACAGUCGACUCUGGAAAAUAUGCCCUUCUGGUGAAAAAUAAAUAUGGCACAGAGACAAGUGAUUUCACUGUGAUUGUCACUCCUGUGUCAGGACAGACCAGCAUGCCUGUGCAUGUCUCUGAUGCACAGGGACACAAUAAAAAUAAAGUGUCUUUAACUAAAAAGAAAAAAACAAAUACUCCAAGCAAUCAUCAGAAAGAAAAGACGAGAGAAGAUUUUGUUAAGCCACAUGUAGAAGAGAUUAUUGCCACAGAAGAGACACCUGAUCCAAAUGAAAUCCCAAUUGUAGAAGAGGAGGAUGAUGCAGAAGGCAACAAGCAAGCAGCAAGGGUGAAUGAUGUGCAGUCUGCAGCAGCAAAAAUAGUUCUUUAUCCCACAGAAAGCCUCGAGAGACAGGAAGAAAAAUCAGUAGAAACAAAUGGCUGAGUGAAACUGUACUGUCAUGUAUGUAUAAUGAUCAAUAUUGAGCUUGCAAUGAACUCUAAGAGAAUUGCAGUAUAUCCAUAAUAUUUUAAAAGACACCCAUUGAUUUUUCUUAUUACCUUUAUCAUAGCUUCACAACGUAGGCUGGUUUUUGUUUAUACUGUGUGUUCACAUUUUAAUGUCAUGUAUGAAUUGCAUUGUGGUUGCUUCUAAGUAUAUUUUACAGUGUAAUGGAGCAAUGAUCCAUGUAUUGAUAAAGUGAUUCAAUACAGUGUAAAAAUCACUGAAAUGAGUAGAAGGCAUAACAAUAUAAUCUGUCAAUAAACAACAUGUUUAUGACCCUAUAAAAAAAAAUAUUGACCUGGUAUAGAGUGCUGCAAAUGUAUGGUAAUCAUGAAGCUUAAAAGCAGAGAGUCUUUACUAAUUGACAUCUAGAGGCCUCACAUACAGCCACCCAAAUGUAAUGUUGAUUGUACCUUUUACCAUUACCACCAAGAGCACAGACAGAAGUGUAACUCCUGGGUCUAACACAAGGUGACUUCUAUGAAUCACCAAUUUGGAGCUGAUCCAGGGAGAGAAGCUGUGCCUUCCCUAGUCUCUGCUCACCUACUAACCUCCCUCCCCCCAACCUCAGAGUGGUAGGGUGGGUAGAUUGGAGCUCCAAUCCCCCCCCACCACUCUAGCAGGGCUGAGAACCCCAGAAGGGACCUCCCUCCCCUGCCUUCUCCCCCUUCCAUCCAGGGACAGCAGCCGCAGUUCACUGUGCUGCUGCUGAAGCAGACAGAAAUUAGUUAAGUCGUUCCACUUAGGAGUGACUUCAUUUAAACCCUCAUACAAUGGGGAUUACUAUGUCUCACAAUCAGAGGGCUCUGUAGCCAUGCUCUUCUGUUUCAGCGUGGCUUUAAAGUGAUCUUAAGGGGCCAAUCACACAACAAAAGUCAUUUCUGUCUGUGCCCCAGAUGACUCUAUCCUUAAGGGGCUGUUGUAGUCAUAGAUAAGGCCUCAGGACCUUCUCCCUCAGAAACAUGGUAGCAGCACCCUGAGAGUAGAAGUACCUGGGUUUCACUCACUCAUACCCACCUGCAGCUUAGAACUGAUUGAGCUUUAUCAUUUUUCAUCACCACCAUUAAAUUUUUCAUUCACUGUCAUCUUCCCCUACUCCUACCCACCAAGUCUUGGCCAGGGCGUUGUGGACUCUAUAAAAAAAAAAUCUAACAUUUCAAGUGUGCCAUGUUUAGGGACAAUUAAAGUACAUUUUUAGUCUGGUACUGCUAAUAAUUUUUUUGAUAAAUAAGAUAGAAGUUUCAGACAAACUAGAACUUAAACAAUUUAGAACUGAAUGGAAGACAGCAAAUUGCCUGAAGAUUCAAAAUAGCACAGAGCAAAAUGUUUAUCGCUAAGCAAGAAAUUCAGAAGAAUCCACGCCCCACCCCCCAAAAAGUCCAUACACAUCUAAGCCUAACCUCCUCCUAACACUGCUCCUAUCAGACCAAGCUACUGUCUGACACAAGGCUAGAUUUACUACUGCAUUAUUCCUGUAUUACACAAAAGUCACUCCAUUGAAAUCAAUGGGAAAUGGAAACAGCAAUGGUGAAUCAGCCUAACAAAUACGACCUGUAAUUUUACAACAGGUUUCACAGAGAAACACAGGAGUGAUUUGUCUCUAUAAGAAUUGUUUUUAGUGGUAACCCAAAUAAUACAUAUACUGGUAGACAUGUAUUAGUGCUUGAGUGUAGCAGGAAAUGAUUAAUACUCUACAAGAGAAAUGAUGACUACAUCACUUAGUGAGAAAGCAGCAGUUUGAGAAACGCUGUUCUUUCAAAAUAUCACUAAUAUACGGAAGUUGGCAUCUGCUGCCUGCUUUGUAUGCUUCUUAACCAUUUCUUUGUCAUAGCAGUUGCUUGAAUCCUGCAAACCCCUUGUAAAAAUCAAUCAUCUUCUAUAGCUCCUCUGCAAGGAAAUUAGUUUUACAGAACACGGACACCUGUAUUGUUAUAUAAAUGAUAUAAUGCAGGGUUUUGCCAUUGAGUGGUGGAUUGAGCUCCUACUCAAUUGGCAUUAAUAGACAACUUUUAAUGGACUUUAAUGGGACUUUAAACCAGGGUCUGAAAGAACCAAUCUGAAAGAACAUUCUAAAAUGCUCACAAAACUUCACAUUUAGGAACCAGUUCUGCUCCUACUAGGGUCUGUAACAGAACUCUGCUGGAAAAGAACUGGGGCUGCAGGUAUUGUAAAAAAAAAAAAAAAAAUAGAUUUUUGCUUCUGUUAUCAUCAAAACUUGUGGAAAGAAUUUUAUAUCAGUGAACUUACAUUAGAGUAUUGUUUAGUUUGGUUUUUCAGUUUAUUGUCUUAAAGAACUGGAAACCAACACAUUUGUUCUGUUAGGAACUGCUCACUAGCCACUCAAGUGUUAUUACAUAAAAUAAACAAAAUACAAACAGUUAGUGCAUGGUAACUAAGUAAAGCCUUUAAAAUUCUAAUUUUAAUUAUUUAAGUUAGUGUCAUUCACAAGUGCAUGAAAAAAUACUUUUAACAAUACUGUAAUAAAAGAACUGCUGAGUGUUGUCAUUUAACAAUAAAAUUGAAUAAAAAGUUUUCUUGGACCCUAA